AUUCAGUUGAUAGCAAUCAAUACACCUCAACAAAUUUUAAGUCUUUUUUAAGUUCCUAUGUGGGUUUUUGUAUAGUUAUCAGAGGAAAUGACAUUGAUUUUGUAUCGUUAUUUACACCAUUUUAAUAACUGACACGUGAAAAUUAAACUGAUUGAACUUAUGUUUAGCUAAAUAGUUACUUAGCAUGAUUAAUAUAUCGACAGUUUUCAUAAACUUUAACCCAGAUAGAACUAGUUGGACUUUUGUUUUGAAAUGAAGGAUUAUAUAAUCAGAUCAGAUAAAGGCCUUGUGUAAACAAAUGGACAGUGAAAUCCAAAUGGGACAAGUUAUGCUCAAUGACAUAAAGACUCUGCUGUUCAACAUAUACACAUGUAUAUGUCCUAUGUAAAUAAGUGUAAACGACAUAGAAAAAUAAUGAAAUUUAAGGAUGUAUAAGAAAAGGACGCUAGCAACGAUGGCCAAGUCAAAAACAUUACACGAAACAGAAAUCAAGGGCUCCGAAGACGUUUUCGAAAUGUACUGCGAACCUUGUCAUAGAGAAGGACAACAAAAGAUAGCCUGUGCAUUUUGUUCUGUUUGUGUGACCUACUUUUGUUUGAUUUGUCUGAAAUGUCAUGGUAGGUUUUUCCCUGGUCAUAAACCUCUGGAAGGAGUAAACAUGCCCCAAGACUUGUGUAUUGAAAAAUGUAAGACACAUAACAAGGAGAUUUUGAAGUAUUUUUGUACUACUUGCAAUAAAUUUGUUUGUUGUAUAUGUAAACCGGAGCUACACAAAGAUACCUGUAACUUGAGAUAUUUACCAGAUUAUGUUACGGAUACUAAAGUGACAGAGGAACUGAAAGAUAUAAAAGCUUAUAAUAGUAACAUUGCUAAACGUUUGUCAGAUUUCAAAGGAAACAUAGAUGUAAAAUAUGAGAGCGUUUCUGCUUUUGCAACAGAAGCUAAAUCUUUGAUACAAAGAAUGAAAGAGGAUAUAUUUGCACCAUUCGACGAAGAAAUCUCAAAUUUAGAGAAAACUAUACAAACAGCGAAGAAAAAAGAUGUUUUGAACAUUGAUCGAGCGAAACAAAAGUGUGCAGUGCUGCACAAUGAAACCGAUAAACUAUCAGAGAACAUCAAAACAAUACAACAAUUCCCAAAAGGUCGAAAGUACACGUUAUUUCUGAAAAUGAAGCAAAUGAGCGGAGAUUUGACACAACUGAAUGAUAUUGUGCGUAAUCUGAAAAAGGAUUCAUUAAAGAUAGACACACAAUUUGAGGAUGUAAUGAAAAAGGAAUUGAAUGAUUUGAUCAGCAGAGUUAAAACGUUUGGACGAUGCGUUGAAACAUCUCAAAAAUAUCUAGACAAAAGAACGGGAAAGACAGCGUACAUUGUUGCAGAUAUAAAUGUAAAGGAUAAGAUGGAUCAGGAAGACUGUCGUACAUUCGAUUUAUGUUUAUUGGCCGAACAAUAUCUCGUUAUGUCUGACAGAAGUAAUUGUUGCCUGAAGUUAGUCGAUGUUAAAAGCAAGAAGUUGUUGUAUCGCCGAUCUGUGAUAACAACACCAGAAGCUCUAACUAAGAUUACAGACUCUGAGAUGGCUAUGGCUCGGUUAUAUGAGAAAGAUGAGAGCCGGUGUGUUAUUCAGUUUGUGAAACUAACAAAUGCUAAACAACUCUUUUUUAUGCCGCACUUUAUAUUGACAGAAAUGUAUUGCGCCGAUAUUGCGUACAUUGGUGAUGAAAAGUUGGUCAUUGAAAUGACGGCUGAUAAUCGUGGUAAAGUACAGAUAAUGAACUUCAGCGGACGUGUUAUUCACACAAUUGAUAAAGAUGAAAAGGGAGAGUCUCUUUUUCAAUGUCCUUACUAUUUAAAUACUAAUAUGGUGGAAAGGGUGUUUUACGUCAGUGACUGGUUGAAUGACAGUUUUUACAAAGUGGACAUUGACACAUUAAGUACAUAUCAGUAUUCGCCACGCAUCUGGCAUCCUUUUGGGAUAACGACCGAUGGGGAUAGCUUCAUUUAUGUCUGUGAAUCCGGGACUGAUAGUAUACAUGUUUAUCAUACCGAUGACACUAAAAAUACGGAUAAGGAAGUUUUGUUAAAGUUCAACGAUUAUAACCCUCAAGCGUUGCUUUUUUCUGCUUCGAUGUCGAAGCUAUACGUUAGUUUUGACGGUUCUGAUCGCCUAAAGGUAUACAAUAUUACCUCUUAGAACUGCUAAACUUCGAGUUCGACGAAUGUAGAUCAUGAAUUAACAUGUAUUUAUUUGACUUUGUGUGAUCGGGGAUGAGAAAGCUAUCCGCCGUUCUAAGUUAAAGAAAUGUUAAAAUUGCCGGUUGGAUCUACACAUGAUGUGUCGAUUUGAUAUAGAACAUAACAGUUGAAAUUCACGGUGAUUCAAUUAAAGAGAUAUAACCAUUAUUUGAUGAAUAAGACCUAUUCGGAUAAAUCUCCAAUAAAAUCUUUGUCAUGAUAUACAGUGGGUGACAAGAACGUUAUACUGAAAAGGUAUAAAGCGGCAAACUUUUGUGUAAUACAGAUCGACACAGGCUCGUUUCACAGAAUCAAAGGGAGAUAGCAUUAUUAAAAAAAAAGGAACUGUCCUCAACACAAUGCUGAUAAUGUUUACAUGAGGGUGUGAUCGCAACGAUGAUCGAAACAACAUUUAAAGAAUACAAUUUUAUGUUUUGAGUACGUAAUACAUAUUCACUCAAAAGUCACUUUUUGAUUGACUUAAACUUGUAAAUAUUCUACAAAAACUUAGUGAUAUUGAAUACAUGUAUUGUUUUAUGGACAUUUCAUUCUUAUCAUUCAAAGAGUUUAAUGUUGAUUUUUUUUACUCGUUUAAUCGUAUUAAGCAACCUUGUAGAACUUAGUGAUAAUUCUUUUAGAGACACUUGGCUUAAGAUUCUUUUAUAUAGUUAUGCACAAUUUAUAUAGAAAUUGGUUCUACGUCCUCUUACUCUGGCCUUUAAACUUAGUGGAAUAGAAUUUGUUGAUUAAGCAUCCGCAUAUGUUUAUAAAUAUCAUUAGUUUCUAAGUGGUAUUUUGAUUCUUUUAAUUACUUUGUAGAACUUUGUUAUUAUUGUUAUCUUUUGUAGAAAAUGUUAAUGUUUUUUUCUUAAACUUUUCCAUGAAUCACAAUAUAUUAUAAGAAUAGUUAUGCAAAGAAAUUAUAAUCCUAAAGCAUUUAUUAAGUAAAUUCUGAUAAGCAGUAAAUUGCAGACCAAUCAGAUGAGUUGCUACACACAGUGCCACCUGUAUGUAAAUGAUAGCCCCCCUCUAGGACACAAAAUUUUAUUAAACCAGACAUCUCAGGGAGUUUUGUUUUUCUGCUGCUAUUUUUUAAAGAAUUACAUCUCUUAAAGCUCUCUAAAGUUUACUAACUAAUUAUAGAAUUUAUUUUAGGCACUUUGGUAUUAAGUAAACCUUAGAAAUUAUCUUAAUUCCUCGAAACAUUUUUGAUAAAUUUGUAAGUAAUUUUAGUAAUUUCUUUUAUUUCCGAAGUAAUUAAGAUCAAUUAAUUUUUUUCUUUGUUUUUUAAAAAUUUUGGCCAUUUAUAAAUAUUAGGUUUUCAUUCUUGGUGGUACAACUUUGAAACAGGGGUUGCUACUCUUUAUUUGUCAGUUAAAUAGCACAGAAUCAUUAAGGUUAUUUUUCAUACUUUCAGAUAAUUUUUACAUAAUGACACUUCUUUUUAACGGUUUCAAAUCCCUAAUUCAAAAUCAUUGUUUGAUAUAUUUAGAUUAGAUAAGAACAGUUAAUACUAGAGUGCAUAUUGUAAAACUGUUACCUUUAAGUAACUUUUUGUUAACUGUAAAUAAAAAGUUAGUUCAUAAUAUAUUUUUUUGAUUGAAACUUAUUCAGUAUUUGUGUUUUAUUUCCCUUUGCAUUCAAAAGGUGGUAUUACCUUGGCGAUUAGCUUUUACCUCCAAUAUAAGAUCAUCUUAAUCACUACUCCUGAGCAAACUAUUAAAGAACAUUACAUAACAAGAAAGUGGGUGCCUCUAAACCUACUUGUAGAAACACUUACUAUUUUAACACCAUAACAGUUUAUUGCUAUUCUUAUUGUGUUUCUUUGAGUUUAUUUAUUCCUAUACAUUUGUUUUGAUGAUUGAAUUACAAAUCAAAAGCUGGUGCUGCCUCAAAAAAAAGUAUGUAGGUUGAUAGUAAACAUAGACCUCGUGGAAGUUUGUUCUGAUGAUUCAAUAACACAACAGAAGCCGUGCUGCCUGAGACGGGUAUCUUGGCCAAUGAGGAACAGAUCCAUAAGAAAACUC